AUGAGUAAAUCAGAAAAACCUCUGUCAACGCUAUGGGGUUGUGAACUAAAUGAGUUAAAGAAACAAGAGUUUUUCAAGACAGAUGACACAAAUCAUCAGCACCAGCUUGCAAUAAGAACAAUGUGCUUGGGCCACACUGCAAAAGAGGAGUUUAACAUUGUUGAACUGGUUACUGGUGAGGGUGAUGAUGCCAAAGGUGUACCAAUUGCAACUCUACAUGCCAAGUCAAUGCCUACAGUCAACUUCUCUGGCUUAGAUUUGUAUCCUCCUGUGACCUUUCGGCUGAAACAUGGCUCGGGCCCAGUGUUUGUUGCUGCAGAACAUGUAGCCUUGGAAGACUAUUCAGAUGAAGACAUGAAUGAGAUGGAGGAAGAGGAGGUGGUGGAAGAGGAGGAAGACAUUGAAGAGUCACCUGUGAAAGUUACAAAGAUUGGUGCUGGCAAAAGGAAAAAAACAGAAAAGGGUGAAGAUGAGGGUGAUGCAUCAGAAGAUGAAAAUAAUCCUCCGAAAAAGGGGAAAGGAAGGGGUAGAAAGCCAUUGGCUGCAAAGGUUUGA